AUGCCACUGAUGGUAUCGAUCCAGUAUCUUUUAUUCGCCUUUCUGGCAGCUGCUUGUCUUCCAGUAUCGACCCUGCUUCUAAUUUUCAACCUUUUGUGUAUAGCGCCCUCGGCCUGGGUUUCAGUCCACCAGCGUCUUAAAAAAGUGCCGGGGUUCCGAUCGAGGACGAUUUUGAUUACUGGAAUCAAUACGCCCCACGGGUUGAGACUUGCUAGGGCGUUUCACAGCACUGGUCAUAAAGUUGUUGGCGCUGAUUACGAGCCUGAUGGGUUUCCCAUUCACGUGCGGUUCUCGAAUGCGCUGAGUCGCUUCUACGGACUGCCGCCCCAAUCCGACGACAGCCGCCAGGUAGCUUACAUCGCCUGCUUGGUUCGCAUCAUCCAGGAAGAGCAGGCUGAACUUUGGGUCAACUGCACGAGCAGUGUAGAUCCUAGUACUGAGGCCCACGCGAGGAGCGCUAUUGAGCAGAGCAACCAGUGCCAAUGUUUCGCACUCCGAGUCGACAAUGUCCCCUAUUUCGCAACAAAGGAAGCAUUUCUUUUAUAUGCGGCCAGCCAAGGACUACCGGUGCCCGAAACGUACCAUGUUAGAUCGCGUGACGAGGUGCACAAUGUGCUCAACAAAGCGCGCGGAAGGCGGAAGUACUUGCUGCAUAAUGUGGACCAGAAUGGACUUCACGCCAGUUCAUCCAGGACAGUUCUCCCUCGGAGGACGCUGAGUCAAACAUACAACACCGUGUCCCAGAUGGCUAUCACGAGUACUGCCCCCUGGAAGCUGGAACAGGACGUGAAUGGACUGGAGAGGUACCAAACAUUUGCGAUCAUUGUCAGAGGCUCUCUCAGAGCCUUUGUGGCAAGUCGCUCGACACUCCCUGGCUGCUAUCAGCUCUUGGACCCGAAAUCUGCGCUCAGCAUGUCGAUGUUGCGGUUUGUGCACACCUUUGCGCGCAACCAAGGCCGUGACUUCACCACCCACUUGGGGAUCGACUUCUGUGUUGAGGAGCAGGUUACAGAAUCGGGGGUGGCACAGAUUAUUCUCCCGGUCCAGGUUUGUGUCCAAGCUCAGCCCGCCGCACAGCUGUUUCAGGGCUUGGGCGGGUCGGUACAAUUGACUCGAGCCUAUCUAGAGAGUCUGGCAGUGAAUGAACUCAACACCGACAAGCAAAUGACGAGGCCGGGUCUUGCAGCUACGCAACACUCUCUCCAGGACGACGUUGAAAUGCCAGAUUCGAAGAUAUCUGGAACAUACUGCUUCGGCCAGGAUCUCGUGCAGUUGUGCUUUGAGCCGCUGUUCGGCCUGAUAACCUUGAGAAUCGGUAUCAUUGACUAUAUACGACACUUAACUCAGUUCUUCAAUCACCUGAUUUGCUGGGAAGACGACUUGUACAGCUUUCAGGAUCCAGUGCCUUUUUGGUGGUCUUACCAAGUCUAUAUCCCACUUCGAUUUGUGACAAAUGCAGUGGCUUGGACACGUGGUUGUGGUUGA